AUGUCGGAAAGCCACAGGUGCACGAUUGCUGAUACAACCCUCCGGCAACAAAAGGAAAAUAUCACGCCUGAUGACACGAUACCCGUCUUGGAACAACAAUCAAGUUUGCCUCAACAGCAACCCAGCAAAACAAUAUCACGGGAGACACCGCAACAACAGCAGCAGGAACAACAACACCAAGCACUAACAGAGAUCGGUACCCCAAAAUAUAACAAUCAGGACAAUAGCACCACAGCAACUACAAUGAAUUCAACAACAAGAACAGCAGGAAACAUAAAAGGCAUUGGUAAUGAAUGCGAAAUUUCUUAUGAAGCAGAAGCUAAACAAAUUCUUCCGCAUUCACCCAUACUGAACGGUAUGAAGGGAAAUAUCAUCAACAGUAGUAAUCAAUUGCAACAGCAAUCUGCUUUGCAUAAUCAACCAUCGCUGCAAGCGAACGUCAACAACAACAUUAACCAAUCACAACGACAGCGCCACAACAACUACAAGAUUCAACGCAACAAACUCAGCUUAGAAAUUCAACAUAACAACAAAAGUCACAACAACUACGAUAAAUUCAACGCCACAAUGAUCACAGCUACGAACUACGCGCAUAUCAACUGCAACGAGCGCAUCACAACUUCGUCGACAUUCUACGAACAACAACAAAACAACAAUAAGUCACCCACAGCCAAGGGUCUGUCAACCCAUUGCGAGCCCUUGGUGGCCAACGUUGACACACCCCGUACCUCCCUGCAUUGA